AUGGGUGUGGAACUGAACGAACGUCAGAAAUUGUUGUUGGGAGAGUGGAAAUUGGAGAGUUCGGAGAACUUUGAUGAAUAUCUGAAGGUAAAGUUGUUUUUGCGGCAAAAUUUCUAAUCAAAAUCAUGCAGCGACGGACCUGAUCCAUGGCAAAAAACGUACCAUUUUGCAUCCGGGAAGUAUCAAAAAAUGUAGAAAAUUUUCUAAUUCUCCAAGUGAAAAAACUCCAAUUUCAAAAAAAGGAAAAGGCGCUCAUCAAAAUGGAGUUUUUUAGCUGGAGAGGGAGGCAUUUUGCCACAUUUUUUGAUACUUCCCGGAUGCAAAAUGGUACAUUUCUUGCUACUGGAUCAGGUCACAAAACAAAGCCUUUUGCACAGUGCAAAUCAAUUUUUGUUUUCUCACUUUGCACAAUGCAGAAAAGUCAGGGUGCGAGCGACAGCCCGAAAAAGCCUGUUGCACGGUGCAAAAAACAAAAAAAAACUUUUUUAAUUUUUCUUUUCGCACCGUGCAUGUCGCAAAAAUGGCUCCAGCAACUUUAAUAAACGGGAAAUUCAUAAAGUGCAUGGAAUUUUCGUCAUGCGUCGCACUGUGCAAGAAAAAAUGUUGACUGCACAUCGCUGCGACGGAAGCUUUUUUCCAUUGCGCCGUUGCAAAAUCUGAGACAAUUGCAACGUGUAAAAAUGUUUUGAAACGGAUCGCGUUGCGCUAAAAACGAAAUGCACUGUAGUCCAUGCACUUUAUGAAAAUGCUAAUACUAGUCGCUCCAGAAAGUGCGUAGACUUUUUUCAGUUUUUUUUCGUUUGUGCACGGUGCGGUCUGCGACGUUACAUAAAGUGAUCUACGCACUUUCUGCCACAUAUUCAGCACUAAACAAAAUGGGGAUGUCUGAGGAUUCAGGGAAAAAAAGAAUUUUACAAUUUGCCCCAAAAUUAAAGAAGUUAUAGCCAAUUCAAAUCGGGCCGCGAAAUUGGUACACCCUGUUGUAACAUCCCCUUUUUCAGGAGAUCGGAAUCAGUUAUUUGCUGCGAAAGGCCGGAAGUGCCACCAAGCCCAACCUGGAGAUGUCCUAUGACGGCGAAACUUUCCAUGUGAAGGUGACUUCCACAUUCAAGAACGGCGAAUGGCACUUCAAAUUGGGCGAGAAGACCAAGCAAAAGACCAUCGAUGGAAGAGACUUUUACGUUGUCGCCGAACUGACCGAGGACGGCAAAAUCAUCGAGCAUCAGAGUAAUGUUGAGGGCGAUAAGAGUGUCCCAUCGCUGAUCACUCGAUGGGUCGAUGAGAAUGGAAAAUUGAUCGCGAUUUGUAAGGCCAAUAAUGUUGAGGGAAAACGAGUCUACGUCAGAGCUUGA